AUGGCUGUGGAGCCUCAGGCUGCUGUACACGUGUAUCCAAUAUACGUGAUAUGUGAUGUAGGUAUGCCAUACUGUACUGUUAAAUAUGGCUGCAGCAGUGUCACACACCAGUUGAAGGGAAGAUAUUCCAUAUAUCACAAAAGCAAUCAGUGCUACCAUAUAAUAAAGGCUCAUAGAGCAGAAGAAAUAAGACUAAAGAGUCCAUUACCCAAGACUGGGAAAGCUGAACUAAAUACAACAGUUGGAUUUGAAAAGGAGGAAUAUAAAAUAACGGAGAAACUGAUAAAUCAGCAAAGGGCUCAUCUAAGACACUGGGCAUUCGUUCCUCCUAUGACAAUCCCCAGUUCGGUAUCAACUCAGAAUCCUUCACAUAAUUCAAGGAUUUGCAGUACCUUUGGAUACUAUCAUUUCAAAACCUUUGAUGGAGACAUCUUUCAUUUUCCUGGACACUGUAACUACAUCUUGGCAUCUCACUGCAAGAGCAACUAUGAGGAGUUCAACAUCCAAAUUAGACGCGUUCUUCGGAAAAAUAUUCCCGUAAUCAACGAAAUUAAUGUGAAAAUUGAAGGAGCUGAUAUUGAAAUAACAAAUAAACAUGUCAAAUUCAACAAUGAAGAACUGGAGUUGCCAUACAGCUUUGGAGGGAUCCAGAUUUCAAAGACUGGUACUUACGUCAAAAUUUAUUCCAAAAUUGGUCUUGAAAUGCUGUGGAAUGAAGAAGACUCCAUAUUGCUGGAGCUUAAUCCAAAAUUUGCCAACCAGACUUGUGGACUUUGCGGAGAUUUUAAUGGAAUUCCCAUAUACAACGAAUUUGUUGUGAACAAUUACAUAAUGAGUGACACAAAAUAUGGAAAUCUUCAGAAGUACAAUGGGCCAGAGGAAAGGUGUGAGGAUAUCACAGAGGAGGCCGAGAAUAACUGUACACUCAACGCUGGUUUAUGUAGAACGGUUCUAACUGGUGCAGCUUUCCAACAAUGCAACAGAUUAGUUGAUGUUUCCAAGUACAUUGAACUGUGCGAGAAGGACGUAUGUAGGUGCACUGGCAAUUCCACAGGAUUUUGCCUUUGUAAUAUCUUCACCGAGUAUUCUCGCCAGUGCACACAUGCCGGUGGAAAGCCAAAGAACUGGAGAACUGCUAGACUCUGCCCCUUGAGAUGUGCUUUCAACUUGGAGUUCCGUGAAUGUGGCAGCGCUUGCCAAGACACCUGUACUAAUCCAGAACGCUCAUUAGUAUGUGAUGAUCACUGUACAGACGGAUGCUUCUGCCCAGCAGGGAUGAUAUUUGAUGACAUCAACCGAUCCGGAUGUAUACCAAAAGAGCAAUGCCCUUGUAAAUACAAUGGAGAAGUCUAUGCAAGUGGGACAGGAUAUUCAGAAAAAUGCCAAGCCUGCACUUGUUAUGGCGGGAAGUGGAGCUGUAUUAGAAAACCUUGCUUCGGUAUAUGUUCUCUUGAAGGAGGCUCACAUAUUACCACCUUUGACCUUACCCGCUACAACUUUCAUGGGGAUUGCAGCUACAUAUUGUCAAAGUCAUGCGAAGGCCUACUAUUUAGUAUACUGGCUGAAAUUCGCACCUGUGGAUUAACUGACACUGAAACAUGCUUGAAGAGCAUCUCCCUCAGCCUGAAUGGCGGAAAGGAUUUCAUCUUGGUAAAAACAUGUGGCAGCGUAUACAUCAACUCAAUGUACACUCAGCUUCCAGUUUCAUCCGCCAGUGUCACCAUAUUCAGACCAUCAAGCUUCUACAUCAUCGUGCAGGCCAAAAUUGGCCUACAGCUCAAGAUCCAAAUGGUACCCAAUAUGCAAGUCCACGUCAUUAUGGAUCCACAACAUAUGAACCAAACCUGUGGUCUUUGCGGUAACUUCAACAACAUACAAACUGAUGACUUCAAAUCACCAAGCGGAGUGAUUGAAGGGACUGGUUCAUCGUUCGGAAAUUUGUGGAAGACGCAGGCUGACUGCCCCAACGUUAGAAACAGCUUUGAGAAUCCCUGUUCUCUCAGCACUGAUGCUGAACAAUUUGCCACACACUGGUGCUCAUUGAUCAAAGACAGCGAAGGACCAUUCUCUGCAUGUCACAAAACUGUUGACCCAGCCCCUUAUCAUGAGAACUGCAUGUUUGAUUCCUGUAAUUGUGAAAAGAGUGAAGAAUGCAUGUGUACGGCACUUUCUUCCUACGUCUAUGCUUGCAAUAGACAAGGAGUUGACUUGAGAGGAUGGAGAAAACACGCUUGCGGUGUUUACACCACUACAUGCCCUGCAACUUUGACAUACAGCUAUUCAGUCAGCACUUGCCUGCCCACUUGCCACUCAAUCAGUGAGCCUGAUGAGACUUGCGAUAUCUCCUUCACCAACGUCGAUGGGUGCAUUUGUGAGGAUGGAACCUAUAUGGAUGAAAGUGGCAAGUGUGUCCUGCCUGCUUUUUGCUCCUGCUUUUACAAAGGUUCACCAGUAUCCCCUGGAGAAGUUAUCCAUGAACAUGGGGCAAUAUGCACAUGUACUAAUGGAAAAAUGGAAUGUAUUGGAGAACAAUCACAAGAGAAAGUGUGCGAAUACCCACUGGUCUACUUUGACUGCAAAAAUGCUCCACCUGAAAGCAUGGGAUCUGAAUGCCAAAAAAGCUGCUCAACCUUUGAAACAGAAUGUUACAGUAAAGAAUGUGUAUCUGGAUGCAUGUGUCCAGAAGGAUUGGUGAUCAACGAUAGAGGGGAAUGUGUCCGUGAGGAAGACUGUCCUUGUGUACACAAUGAUGACUUCUUUGAGGCAGGAGAAGUAAUACAGGUUGAGUGCAACACCUGUACUUGCAAACAGAGAAAAUGGGAUUGUACAACUAACACCUGCCUGGGAACUUGCGCUGUUUAUGGAGAUGGACACUACAUUACCUUUGAUGCAAAGAGAUACCGUUUCAAUGGAGACUGUCAGUAUACUUUGGCUCAGGAUUACUGUUCUGAUGAUUCCAAGGCUGGAACAUUCAGAGUGAUCACAGAGAACAUACCCUGCGGCACCACAGGCACUACCUGCUCAAAAUCCAUCAGGCUCUUCUUAGGGAACUAUCAGCUAAUUCUUGGUGACCAGAAGUUUGAUGUGGUUAAAAGGGAAUUUGGGGAGUAUGUGCCCUUCAGGGUCAGACAGAUGGGCAUCUACAUGGUGGUUGAAGCUUUGAAUGGCCUAGUUUUGGUGUGGGACAAGAAAACCACUAUCUUUGUAAAAUUGCAUCCUACGUUUAAGGGAAAAGUCUGUGGUCUUUGCGGUAACUAUGAUGGCAAUACUGUUAAUGACUUUAUCACCAGGAGUCUCUCUGUGGUUGGAGAUGUUACCGAAUUUGGUAACAGUUGGAAAAUGUCUCCCAAUUGCCCAGACGCUUUUGUUGUCAGGGAUCCUUGUUCUCAUAACCCAUACAGAAAAUCAUGGGCACAGAGACAGUGUAGCAUCCUCACUGGACCAGUCUUCUACUCGUGUCAUGCUUUGGUGGACCCAGUGAAAUAUUACGAAGCUUGUGUUAACGAUGCAUGCGCCUGUGACACUGGUGGAGACUGCGAGUGCUUCUGUACAGCUGUAGCCUCGUAUGCUCAAGCUUGCAGUGAAGCUGGCGAGUGCGUCACCUGGAGAACACCAACCAUGUGCCCUGUGUUUUGUGACUACUACAACCGGGAAGGACAUUGUGAAUGGCACUACCAGGCUUGUGGAGCUCCAUGCCUAAAAACCUGUAGGAAUCCUACUGGUGUUUGCUUUAACAACUUGACCGGUUUAGAAGGUUGCUACCCGAAAUGCCCACCUGCCAGACCUUACUUUGAUGAGGAGAGUAUGCGGUGUGUUUCUUCAUGCCACUGUUAUGAUGAAUAUGGGGAAGAAUAUAAACCGGGACAGAAAAUGCCAAGUGAAAACAGAUGUUCAAUCUGCCGAUGUACAAACACUGGAAAAGUAUGUUCUAAACAACCAGUCUGCUGCUUUUAUGAAAACAAGGAAUUUUUGCCUGGUGAUAUAAUUUAUUCCACUGGUGAUGGAAUUGGCGGAUGUAUUAAUGCAAUUUGCUCAGACAAUUCAACUAUUGAAAGAAGCAUUGGUCCAUGUGCAACCACAGUGAGUCCAAGUACAGAAUUUGACUUCUCCACACCAUCAACACCAACUGCUUCACCUACAGGUCCUUCUGAUUAUACAUCCUCUAGCUCCUCUAGUUCUCCAACAUCUUCAUCACCAGUUGAGUCCUCGACAGGUCCCUUGUCCCCUGGUUCUUCAGUUGGUUAUCCUAGUUCUUCCACAACCUCAACACCAAUAAGCACAUCUACAGGUCCUUCUGAUUAUACAUCCCCCAGCUCUUCAACUGGCUACACCAGCUCUCCAACAUCUUCAUCACCAAUUGAGUCCUCUACAGGUCCUUCAUCUCCUGGCUCUUCAGCUGGCUAUCCUAGUCCUUCCACAGCCUCAACACCAAUAGGCACAUCUACAGGUCCUUCUGAUUAUACAUCCCCCGGAUCUUCGACUGGCUACCCCAGUUCUACAUCAUCUUCAUCACUAACUGAGUCCUCCACAGACAUAACCUCAUCUAUCUCUGUUGAAACAAGCAGUGAAACAUCUUCAGAACUGAACAGCACCCCCCCUGGUUUUGCUGGCACCACAACAAUUCCAACUGCUAUUCCAACCAUCUGUGUUGAAGCUUAUGAGUGCAGUUGGUCCCAAUGGUAUGAUGUGAGCAAUCCAGAUCUUGGAGCUGAAGAUGGUGAUUUCGAAACCUUUGAGAAUAUAAGAGCCAAAGGCCAUGAAUUGUGCAAAAAUCCAAAAAGCGUACAAUGCAGAGCAAAAGAAUAUCCAGAUCAAGCUUUAGAGGAUCUAGGACAAGAUGUUACAUGUAGCAGAAAAAAUGGUCUUAUUUGCCUUAAUAGCAAAAACUCACCUAUAUGCCACAAUUUUGAAAUGAGGGUUGAAUGCUGUAAUUAUAGGGAAUGUACAGCCACUACUGAGUCACCAAGUUCCCAAACAUCUCCAGGUACUGAAAAAUCCACCCAGUCAUCUCCUACUACUAUAUAUUCACCAACACCAUCAUCAACAGAAAGUUCAUCACAUGAAGUAAAAUCUACACCUGAAACAUCAACAUCUCAAACUACUUCAAAAGAAGUGCCCACGUCUCCAUCAAAAGAAUCACCAUCUCAAGUAACAAGUUCAGUUUCACCAACAACAGCCUGUAUACACAAGAUGGAAUGCCGCUGGACACCCUGGUAUGAUACUAAUGUACCAAAUAAAAAAAGUGAUGGUGGAGAAGUAGAAAGCCUUAAUGAUAUAAAGAAAGCAGGAGCCGUGAUUUGUACAAAUAAAGAAGUUGAAAAUAAAAUAGAAUGUGAUGCUAUAGAUGAUGAGGGUUUACCAAUCACUAACAAUCAACAGGUAAUUACUUGUAAUCUGGAAAAUGGAUUAAUUUGCUCGAACAGCGAUCAAAACAUAACAAAGAAAUGUAACAAUUACAGAAUAAGGGUUGAAUGCUGUGCAAAAUAUUGUGAAUCACCACAAACACCAAUAAUAUCCACUACAUCCCCUACUGAAUUGGCCACAUCAUCAGAAACUUCUGAACCAGGGACUACAAAAUCUCCAAUACAUCCAUCAACCUCAUCUACUAGGACCCCUGGUACAACACCUCACAUGCAGUCGACCCCUGCGAUUGCUACUGAAAGCACAUCACCUCCGUCAUCUGCACCAUCUGUAAUUGGUACAUCUCAACCAUCAUCUACAUGUGUAUAUAAGAAGGAAUGUCGCUGGACUCAGUGGUAUGAUCUUAAUCAACCUAACACAAAAAGUGAUGGUGGAGAUAGUGAAAGUAUAGAGGAUGUAAAAGCAAAAGGACAUGUAGUUUGUAUAAAUGGAGAAAUUGAAAACAAAAUACAAUGUGAAGCCAUAGACAAAUAUGGAAAAACAAUUGCUAAUAAUCAGCAGAUAAUGUCUUGUGUCCUAAAAGGUGGUCUGAGUUGCAGAAAUAGCCAUCAGAUGAAGAAGGAGAAAUGUCACAAUUACAGAAUUAGGGUUGAAUGUUGUUUUGAGUUCUGUGAAGCACCUACCACUAAAUCACCAAGUACAGAAUCUUCAUCAACAAAAACACCUGGAACAUUAGUUCCAUCAUCAACUAUUACGGAAAGUCCGUCCUCUCCUUCUGGCCCUGGGACAUCUACAUCUGGAAGUCCUAGUUCAGCCUCUGUGACUGAACCAUCCUCUCCUGGAUCCAAAACACCUGGUGAAAUUACUGAAACAUCCUCUCCUUCUGGCCCUGGAACAUCUACUUCUGGAAGUCCAACUACAACUUCUGUGACUGAAUCUUCUUCUCCUGGAUCCAAAACACCUGGAGAAACACCUGGCACAACAUCUCCACUAGGUCCUGGAACAUCUACUUCUGGAAGCUCAACGACAAGUUCUGUAACUGAACCUUCUUCUCCUGGGUCCAAAACACCUGAUGAAAAGCCUGAAACAUCCUCUCCUUCUGGCCCUGGAACAUCUACUUCUGGAAGUCCUACCACAACAUCUGUGACAGAACCUGGGUCACCUGGUGCUGAAUCCUCACCAUCAUCUCCUUCAUCCACUAGUCUGACUUCAUCAGGUGGCACAUAUACAACAUCACCCUGUGUGUAUAAGAUGGAGUGUCGCUGGACUCAGUGGUAUGAUAACAAUAAACCUAAUAAAAAAAGUGAUGGUGGAGACAAUGAGAGUAUAGAAGAUAUAAAAUCUAAAGGGGGAGAGGUUUGCUCUAAAGGGGAGGUUGAAAACAAAAUAGAAUGUGAAGCUGUGGACAAAGAUGGAAGAAGCAUUUCUGAUAAUCAACAAGUGAUAACUUGUGAUGUGGAAACUGGACUAGCAUGUCAAAACAGACAACAAAAGGAAAAAGAAAAGUGUCAUAAUUACCGAAUGAGAUAUGAAUGUUGUGCGGAGUAUUGUGAGCGACUAGAAACACCAACAACAUCUAGCCCCAUCAUCACUGAAUCAACAACUACAGUAAGUGGAUCUUUAACAUCAGAAACACCUAGAACCUCACCAUCCUCACCUGUUGUUACAGAACGCCCAUCAACAGGUGCUGUAACUGAACCUGACUACACAACUACUGAAAACUGUGAGAAGUUUAGAGCAUCAGAAUGUCAUUGGACAGAAUGGUUUAAUGAGGAGAAACCUUCAACAGAUAUUAAAAGUGGCGACAAUGAGAAUACAAAUAAACUAAGGUCCAAAGGAAUAGAAGUAUGUAAGAAAGAAGAGGUUGAAAACCAAAUUGAGUGCAGGGCUGAGGAAUAUCCAGAGCUAGCUUAUGAAGAAAUAAAACAAGUAUCUAAAUGUAAUAUUAAAGAAGGAUUAGUGUGUAAUAAUGAAGAUCAGACUGAAAAUGAUACACUAUGUCAUGACUUCAAGAUACGAAUUGAAUGCUGUUCUAAAAAUUUUGUUAAAUUCUGUGGUGAAUUUACAACAUCUCCUGCCUCACCAUCAUCUACCGAAGUGACUAAGAUCCCUACAACAACUGCAGUAACUAAACCUUCCUCACCUGGAACGUUCCCAUCUACUUCAGUCCCUGGAGCAUCAACUUCUAAAACUCCUGGCACAACCUCUCCAUAUGGACCUGAAGCUUCUACUUCAGGAACUCCUACUACAGCCUCUGUGACUGAACCAUCCUCUCCUGGAUCUAAAACACCUGGUGAAAUUAAUGAAACAUCCUCUCCUUCUGGCCCUGGAACGUCUACUUCUGGAAGUCCAACUAUAACUUCUGUGACUGAAUCUUCUUCUCCUGGAUCCAAAACACCUGGAGAAACACCUGGUACAACAUCUCCACUAGGUCCUGGAACAUCCACUUCUGGAAGCUCAACGACAAGUUCUGUAACUGAACCUUCUUCUCCUGGGUCCAAAACACCUGAUGAAAAGCCUGAAACAUCCUCUCCUUCUGGCCCUGGAACAUCUACUUCUGGAAGUCCUACCACAACAUCUGUGACAGAACCUGGGUCACCUGGUGCUGAAUCCUCACCAUCAUCUCCUUCAUCCACUAGUCUGACUUCAUCAGGUGGCACAUAUACAACAUCACCCUGUGUGUAUAAGAUGGAGUGUCGCUGGACUCAGUGGUAUGAUAACAAUAAACCUAAUAAAAAAAGUGAUGGUGGAGACAAUGAGAGUAUAGAAGAUAUAAAAUCUAAAGGGGGAGAGGUUUGCUCUAAAGGGGAGGUUGAAAACAAAAUAGAAUGUGAAGCUGUGGACAAAGAUGGAAGAAGCAUUUCUGAUAAUCAACAAGUGAUAACUUGUGAUGUGGAAACUGGACUAGCAUGUCAAAACAGAGAACAAAAGGAAAAAGAAAAGUGUCAUAAUUACCGAAUGAGAUAUGAAUGUUGUGCGGAGUAUUGUGAGCGACUAGAAACACCAACAACAUCUAGCCCCAUCAUCACUGAAUCAACAACUACAGUAAGUGGAUCUUCAACAUCAGAAACACCUGGAACCUCACCAUCCUCACCUGUUGUUACAGAACGCCCAUCAACAGGUGCUGUAACUGAACCUGACUACACAACUACUGAAAACUGUGAGAAGUUUAGAGCAUCAGAAUGUCAUUGGACAGAAUGGUUUAAUGAGGAGAAACCUUCAACAGAUAUUAAAAGUGGCGACAAUGAGAAUACAAAUAAACUAAGGUCCAAAGGAAUAGAAGUAUGUAAGAAAGAAGAGGUUGAAAACCAAAUUGAGUGCAGGGCUGAGGAAUAUCCAGAGCUAGCUUAUGAAGAAAUAAAACAAGUAUCUAAAUGUAAUAUUAAAGAAGGAUUAGUGUGUAAUAAUGAAGAUCAGACUGAAAAUGAUACACUAUGUCAUGACUUCAAGAUACGAAUUGAAUGCUGUUCUAAAAAUUUUGUUAAAUUCUGUGGUGAAUUUACUACAUCUCCUGCCUCACCAACAUCUACCGAAGUGACUAAGAUCCCUACAACAACUGCAGUAACUAAACCUUCCUCACCUGGAACGUUCCCAUCUACUUCAGUCCCUGGAGCAUCAACUUCUAAAACUCCUGGCACAACCUCUCCAUAUGGACCUGAAACUUCUACUUCAGGAACUCCUACUACAGCCUCUGUGACUGAACCAUCCUCUCCUGGAUCUAAAACACCUGGUGAAAUUAAUGAAACAUCAUCUCCUUCUGGCCCUGGAACGUCUACUUCUGGAAGUCCAACUACAACUUCUGUGACUGAAUCUUCUUCUCCUGGAUCCAAAACACCUGGAGAAACACCUGGUACAACAUCUCCACUAGGUCCUGGAACAUCCACUUCUGGAAGCUCAACGACAAGUUCUGUAACUGAACCUUCUUCUCCUGGGUCCAAAACACCUGAUGAAAAGCCUGAAACAUCCUCUCCUUCUGGCCCUGGAACAUCUACUUCUGGAAGUCCUACCACAACAUCUGUGACAGAACCUGGGUCACCUGGUGCUGAAUCCUCACCAUCAUCUCCUUCAUCCACUAGUCUGACUUCAUCAGGUGGCACAUAUACAACAUCACCCUGUGUGUAUAAGAUGGAGUGUCGCUGGACUCAGUGGUAUGAUAACAAUAAACCUAAUAAAAAAAGUGAUGGUGGAGACAAUGAGAGUAUAGAAGAUAUAAAAUCUAAAGGGGGAGAGGUUUGCUCUAAAGGGGAGGUUGAAAACAAAAUAGAAUGUGAAGCUGUGGACAAAGAUGGAAGAAGCAUUUCUGAUAAUCAACAAGUGAUAACUUGUGAUGUGGAAACUGGACUAGCAUGUCAAAACAGAGAACAAAAGGAAAAAGAAAAGUGUCAUAAUUACCGAAUGAGAUAUGAAUGUUGUGCGGAGUAUUGUGAGCGACUAGAAACACCAACAACAUCUAGCCCCAUCAUCACUGAAUCAACAACUACAGUAAGUGGAUCUUCAACAUCAGAAACACCUGGAACCUCACCAUCCUCACCUGUUGUUACAGAACGCCCAUCAACAGGUGCUGUAACUGAACCUGACUACACAACUACUGAAAACUGUGAGAAGUUUAGAGCAUCAGAAUGUCAUUGGACAGAAUGGUUUAAUGAGGAGAAACCUUCAACAGAUAUUAAAAGUGGCGACAAUGAGAAUACAAAUAAACUAAGGUCCAAAGGAAUAGAAGUAUGUAAGAAAGAAGAGGUUGAAAACCAAAUUGAGUGCAGGGCUGAGGAAUAUCCAGAGCUAGCUUAUGAAGAAAUAAAACAAGUAUCUAAAUGUAAUAUUAAAGAAGGAUUAGUGUGUAAUAAUGAAGAUCAGACUGAAAAUGAUACACUAUGUCAUGACUUCAAGAUACGAAUUGAAUGCUGUUCUAAAAAUUUUGUUAAAUUCUGUGGUGAAUUUACUACAUCUCCUGCCACACCAUCAUCUACCGAAGUGACUAAGAUCCCUACAACAACUGCAGUAACUAAACCUUCCUCACCUGGAACGUCCCCAUCUACUUCAGUCCCUGGAGCAUCAACUUCUAAAACUCCUGGCACCUCCUCUGAGACUUCAACAGGCCCAGUGACAGAAGGUUCCACCACCACAUCAACAUCAAAAGCCACACUUUCACCUACAUCUCCUUCUGCAACUUCAUCUUCAACAUCUCCCCCAUCCUCUGGCAUUUCAUCCACCAGUUCCCCAAGUACAACUACCAGCUGUGAAAAGUUCAGACUAUCUGAAUGCCACUGGACAAGGUGGUUUAACGAAGAGAAACCUUCAUCAGAUAUAGAAAGUGGGGAUAUUGAAAACUCAAGUAAACUAAAGACCAAAGGAAUAGAAGUCUGCAAGCCAGAAGAAGUUGAAAAUCAAAUUGAGUGCAGAGCAGUGCAAUUUCCUGAUUUAGCCUAUACAGAUAUUAAGCAAGUUUCAAAGUGUAAUGUGAAAGAUGGAUUGGUUUGUGAGAAUAAACAUCAAUCAGAGGAUGGCAACAAAUGCCAUGACUAUGAGAUAAGGAUGGAGUGCUGCUCUGAAAGGUUUGUUAAAGCUUGUGGAGAAUCAGUCCCAUCACCUGCUUCGCCCUCACCUUCUGAGAUGACAAAACAUCCUUCAACAACUUCUGUAUCUGAACCAUCCUCAUCAGAAGCAUCACCCACAUCAUCGACAAGCAUUUUGUCAAGCCAAACUCCUUCCACUGAAUCAUCUCCUAGUUCCCCUGGUUCUCCAAGUUCAUCUUCUCCACCCAGUCCUUCUCGUACAACAACAUCUGUUUCUAGUACUUCAAGUGGUACUGUAACAGUGUCUUCCACCUCUGGAACAACUUCUUAUCCAACAACAUCCCCAUCUGAUAGUUCAUCCGCUGCUUCAUCUACUACUGCAACUGUGAUAUUAUCUACAAGAAGCACACCAUCAUCUUCUGAAAAAACCACAUCUCCAACUACAUCUCCCGAAGGUUCAUCAACUGUCAGCGGCACAACACCUUGCUUCUGCAAAGUAAAUGAAAAGUUCUUUUCUCCAGGUGAAAUACUCUACAAAGAAGCAGAUAAAGAUGGUUGUGAAUAUUAUGCAAUAUGCAGCGAUACGUGUAGACCAGAAUGGCACAUGGGGCAAUGUUCCACAACAGCAUCAACAGGCACAUCUCCAGGUGGAGAGUACAGUCCCAGCAGCACAUCUACUCCAACACCUGAAACUUCAGAAGUUAAAGAUGUUACCAGUUCUUCUCCACACAUGUCAAGACCAAGCAAAAAGCCUCCAACCUCAACAGGUUCUACAGUAGAAGAAUCUGGUUCCACCACUGCACCUCCCACAGGAAGCGCUCCAACAACUGAUACUUCCUUAGUGAUGAGUGUCACAGGUGGCAAUUCCUACCUAACCAGGCCCAGCAAGAGACCACCAACACCUGGUUCAACUGAAGGAAGUUCAACCGAAUUGAGUACACAGGGCUAUUCUUCAACAGAAUCGAGUCCUGAAAGUUCAUCGCCAUCUGGAACGAGUCCAGGAGGAUAUUCACCAACACAAACAAGUCCAGGAAGCUCAUUACCAUCAGGAACUAGUCCAGGAGGCUUGUCCCCAACGGAAACUAGCCCUGGUAGCACACAUCCAACAGAAUUUACACAAAAUGAAUCUGGUUCCACCACUGCACCUCCCACAGGAAGCGCUCCAACAACUGAUACUUCCUUAGUGAUGAGUGUCACAGGUGGCACUUCAUACCUAACCAGGCCCAGCAGGAGACCACCAACAGAUGGUUCAACUGAAUUGAGUACAGAGGGCUAUUCUCCAACAGAAUCAAGUCCUGGAAGUUCAUCGCCAUCAGAAACGAGUCCAGGAGGCUAUUCUCCAACAGAAUCGAGUCCUGAAAGUUCAUCGCCAUCUGGAACGAGUCCAGGAGGAUAUUCACCAACACAAACAAGUCCAGGAAGCUCAUUACCAUCAGGAACUAGUCCAGGAGGCUUGUCCCCAACCGAAACUAGCCCUGGUAGCACACAUCCAACAGAAUUUACAUCAAAUGAAUCCAGCUCCCCAACACCUGAAACUUCAGAUGUAAAAGAUGUUACCAGUUCUUCUUCACACAUGCCAAGACCAAGCAAAAAGCCUCCAACCUCAGCAGGUUCUACAGUAGAAGAAUCUGGUUCCACCACUGCACCUCCCACAGGAAGCGCUCCAACAACUGAUACUUCCUUAGUGAUGAGUGUCACAGGUGGCACUUCAUACCUAACCAGGCCCAGCAGGAGACCACCAACACAUGGUUCAACUGAAUUGAGUACAGAGGGCUAUUCUCCAACAGAAUCAAGUCCUGGAAGUUCAUCGCCAUCAGAAACGAGUCCAGGAGGCUAUUCUCCAACAGAAUCAAGUCCUGGAAGUUCAUCACCAUCAGAAACGAGUCCAGGAGUAUAUUCACCAACAGAAUCUAGCCCAGGAAGCUCUUCUCCACCUGAAACGCACCCAGCUUGUGGACCCUGUGAAUGCCUAAUGCCAACAUGUGGAACCGGUUAUCGUGUGGUAUCUUACAGGCCCCCUGGUGCUUGUUGUGCUAAUAUCAGAUGUGAGCCUGACUCCGUCUGCGUAGUAGACAAUACCAUAUACCAGCGUGGAUCCACAGUGCCACAACCUAAGGAUGUGUGCCAACAAUGUGAAUGUUCUGAACAGGAAAAAGAUGAGGAAUCAGGGCUUUAUGCAGUAAAAUGUCAGCCAAUCGUGUGUGAUGAGACUUGUAAAGAGGGUUUCACAUACGCUAAGAAGGAAGGACAGUGUUGCGGUGAAUGUGUGGCUAAUCAAUGUACCGUGAAAGGAGUAGAUGACAAACAAGUGGAAAUCAAGGUGAAUGCAAGGACAUGUAUGCCUCACAUAUCUUAA